AUCAGUAUUCCUACACUAGAUCCCUGUUGGUGUUUGCUGAAAGAAAAUUAUAAACACGAUCACUGAGCUGCAGGGGUUAAUUCUUCUGCAGAAUCUCUCCGCCCAUUCAGCUGAGGAUUCCUGCUCUUUCAUUCUACAAUGGCGUCUGCUGAGCUGAGGGACGAGCUGAACUGCUCCAUCUGCCUGAGCCUCUAUACAGAUCCUGUAUCUCUGAGAUGUGGACACAACUUCUGCCGCUCGUGUAUUAUUAAAGUGCUGGAUACACAGGACAGUUCUGGAGGUUACACCUGUCCUGACUGCAGAGAAAAGUAUUCUCAACGUCCGGCCUUGCAGAAGAACAGGAAGCUGGGUAAUAUAGUGGAUUGUGUCCUAUCUACUAAGCCUGAUAUGGAGGAGACCGGAAUCUUCUGUUCUUACUGUAUAAAGUCUCCUGUACCGGCUGUAAAAUCCUGUCUACAGUGUGAGAACUCUCUAUGUGGCGACCACCUGACAGCCCACAACAAGACCAUGGAUCAUAUAUUAACAAAACCCACUGACUCCUUUGACAACAAAAAAUGUUCUAUCCAUAAGAAGGUUUUGGAGUAUUAUUGCCCACAGGAUAUAGCUUGUCUAUGCGUGUCUUGUUGUCUGGUUGGAAAGCACCGGGGGCAUCAGGUGGAACUUCUACAUGAGGCUUCUGAGAAGAAACAGAAAAAACUAUGUAAAUAUCUGUCCAAACUAAACCCACAGAAAGCAGAAAUCAAAACAAGAGUCCAGAAUCUGCGGGAACAUCAGAGGAAUAUCCAGGAGAAAGCCUCCGAUAAGAGGGAGAACACCAUUAAGCUAUUUUUGGACAUUAAGGAGCAACUGGAAUUGGCUGAAAAGAAAGCGCUGAGUGAGAUCUCCCGACAGGAAAAGAAGAUUGUGUCCCAGAUAUCACAUCUGAUCAGAAAGCUGGACAUAGAGGAGGACGAGUUGUCACUAAAGGUGCGUCGCCUGGAGGAGAUGUGUCGGGCCACUGACCCAAUAAGACUCCUACAAGAAAGUGACAUUACAGUAUGUGGUCAUGGAGAUGGUGAGGACACAGAGGAAGAGGGUGGACAGAUCCAGUCUGAGGAGGAUCUGGAUGAGGUUCUGAUCUCACUGACCAUACACCGAUCUAUGAGAGAUAUAAUCACCAAUGUAACAUCACAGCUCGGGUUCCAUGUUCCAGAUAUAUUGCUGGAUGUGGACUCUGCUCAUAGAAAUGUGAAGUUAUCAGAAGAUCUGAAAACGGCAACAAGAUCAGAAGAAGAACAGGACAGGACAGAAUUACCGGGAAGAUUUCUAGAUUACUCUCAGGUAUUAAGCAGAUGUGACCUCUCCUCAGGAAGACAUUACUGGGAGGUAGAGUGGAAUCAGAUAGCAGUAUGUGACAUAGCAGUGUCCUAUCCCAGUAUAGAAAAGGAAGGAGAUGAGUCUGCUAUUGGAGAUAAUUAUAAAACUUGGUCUUUGUUUAUGGAUGAUGGAAUAUGUGAAGCACUGCAGAACUCAACCAGAUUAAUCCUCAAUGUAAUGCCAACAUGUCCAACACUUGGAGUCUUCUUAGACUAUGAGGCCGGGUGUCUGUCCUACUAUGAGCUGUGUGACCCCAUCAGACACUUACACACCUUCACCGCCUCCUUUAUUGAACCCCUACAUGCUAUCUUCUAUGUGGAUGAUGGAGCAUCUGUUACAAUAAGAAGCUGAGGCCACUGAAUCCACAUCACAUUGAUGUUAUUUCUGGUGAAACUGGGCGUCUCCGAGGAGGCGGAGAGAAGACGUCUGUAGCCACCAGAGGGGAAUAAAGGAUCCAAGCCGGGCCCAGAAAGAAGAACUUCCUUGGAGAACUUGCUUGGGAAGGAGACUCUGAUGGGAGAUAGAGACUGUGUGGAGUGUUCAUGCACGAAUGGCUUCUAGUGACCUGAGGAAAGAGCUGACCUGCUCCAUUUGCCUGAACAUUUAUACAGAUCCUGUAUUCCUGAGAUGUGGACACAACUUCUGCUGCUCGUGUAUUGUUCUGUUGCUGGAUACACAGGACGGCUCUGGAGGUUACUUCUGUCCUGACUGCAGAGCAGAAUAUCCAGAGCGUCCGGUCCUGGAGAAGAA